GUGCGGGGAAUGAAGCACCCAGCACCAAGUGAUGGAGAGCUGAGGCUGCUCUGGCAUUGCCCCUCGGGCACUGGGCUCCAGCACUGCCCUGUCUCACUCCCCACCACUGGCUGCCGCUUGCCCAAGGGUGAUGCUGAGCCUCAGGCAGGGAGGGGUGUGCCAGUGGUGCGGUACCUGGUGCUAUGUGCCCCAUCCCGCCCCGGUGCUGCAGCUGACAGGGAUGCUGCGGGGUUACCCAUUAACUGCAGGAAUUUCUGGGGAGGAGGUGAGCAGCAAGCAGAGGCGAGGGGCAACGCGGGCUCCUUAGACUUUGCUCUUGGCAUGCAUAUAAAGGGCCAUGGUGAUCCACAGCCCACUUCACUGGAGGGACGUGUGGAUGUGGCAUGUGGACACGGUGCUGUCCUGAGUGCCCGGCCAGCCCCAGCCUCAGCAGGAGCGAUGCUGCCCUACCGCAGAGAGAGCCCGGCGCUGACCCGCUGCCCAGUGCGAGCAGGAAGGGUGGUGCAUGGGCCUCAGUUCGCCUACUGCCCCAGCCCCCAAGCCCUGCACCGGCUGCCGGGUGCCCACUCCUGCCCCUUCACUGUGGGAGCGGUGCCUUGCCCUGACCAUGGCUUCCUCUGCCCCGGCUCCCCGGGGCGCCUGCGUGAGGGCCGGGAGCGGUACGAGCUGGACACGCUGCCCUGGCAGGGGCCCCGGCUGGCCUUGGACGAGCUGCAGAAGCCAGAGCUGGGGUGCUGGGCCGGGGUCCAGUCCAUCUGUGUCUCCCUUCUCAAGGUGCCCCUGAUGUUCGGGUUCCUGUACCUCUUCGUGUGCUCCCUGGAUGUGCUCAGCUCUGCUUUCCAGCUGGCUGGAGGCAAAGUGGCUGGAGACAUCUUCAAGGACAACGCCAUCCUCUCCAACCCAGUGGCUGGGCUGGUGGUGGGCAUCCUGGUGACCGUGCUGGUGCAGAGCUCCUCCACCUCCACCUCCAUCAUUGUCAGCAUGGUCUCCUCAGGGUUGCUGGAGGUGCGCUCUGCCAUCCCCAUCAUCAUGGGCUCCAACAUCGGCACCUCCGUCACCAACACCAUUGUGGCCCUCAUGCAGGCUGGUGACCGCAGUGAGUUCAAACGGGCCUUCGCUGGUGCCACAGUGCACGACUGCUUCAACUGGCUGUCAGUGCUGGUGCUGCUGCCGCUGGAGGUGGUGAGCGGGUACCUGUACCACGUCACCCGCCUGGUUGUGGCCACCUUCAACAUCCGCAGCGGGAAGGAUGCCCCUGACCUGCUGAAGAUCAUCACAGAGCCCUUCACCAAGCUCAUCAUCCAGCUGGACAAGUCAGUGAUCACUGGCAUCGCAACGGGGGAUGAGAGCCUGCGCAACCGAAGCCUCAUCCGUGUCUGGUGUGGUCCUGCACCGCCGCAGACAGCCGCUGUGGGGCUUGUUCCUCCCCUGAACUGCACAGCCCCCAGCCACUGCAGCACAAAGGGCAUCGAGAGCCUCCAGAACAUCACCAGGCAGAAGUGUGAGCACCUCUUCACUGACACGCCGCUGCCUGACCUGGUCGUGGGGCUGGUGCUGCUGGCCGGGUCCCUCAUCGUGCUCUGCACAUGCCUCAUCCUCCUGGUCAAACUCCUCAACUCUCUGCUCAAGGGGCAGGUGGCCAAAGCCAUCCAGAAGGUCAUCAACACUGGAGCUCCAGGCUGCUCCCAGCUGAUGUGUCCAUAUCCAUGCUUGUGUCCAUGCCCAUGCCCAUGCCCAUGUCAUGGCAGACCUCCCGCACCCGCUCAGCUGGCUCACCGGGUAUUUCGCCAUGGUGGUGGGUGCUGGGAUGACCUUUGUGGUGCAGAGCAGCUCUGUCUUCACCUCAGCCAUCACACCCCUGAUCGGCCUGGGGGUGAUCAGCAUCGAGCGUGCCUACCCACUGACCCUGGGCUCCAACAUUGGCACCACCACCACUGCCAUCCUGGCUGCCCUGGCCAGCCCGGGGGACAAGCUGGCCAGCUCCUUCCAGAUCGCCCUCUGCCACUUCUUCUUCAACAUCUCCGGCAUCCUGCUGUGGUACCCGCUGCCCUUCACCCGCCUGCCCAUACGCAUGGCCAAGGCGCUGGGUGAGCGCACGGCCAAGUACCGCUGGUUUGCCGUGCUGUACCUCAUCAUCUGCUUCCUCCUGCUGCCCUCCCUCGUCUUUGGCAUCUCCAUGGCGGGCUGGCGGGCCCUGGUGGGGGUGGGUGCACCCUUCCUCAGCCUCCUCUUCUUUGUGGGGCUGGUGAACGCGCUGCAGGCACACAGCCCUGGCCGCCUGCCCAAAUGGCUGCAGACCUGGGAUUUCCUCCCUGCCUGGAUGCACUCGCUGCAGCCCCUGGACCGUCUCAUCACCAGGGCCACCCUCUGCUGCACCGACCGCUGCCGCAGCCCCGAGGGCUGGGAGGAGCGGGAGGGCCCUCCGCGGGACAAGGCCAGGCUGGGGCUGGACAACCCUGUGCUCUCCUACCCCGAGGAGGCGCCCAGCCCUGCCAUCCGGGUGGGCUCCCCUCGCCCACUCCCACACGGAGCCACCCGGCUCUAGCUGGCACCGCUGCUCCCAUGGCUGCCUGGUUUCCUCCAUCACCGCUCAGCUGGUGCCUAAUAAACGCUGAGCGCCUGUGCCCUGGG